AAUAACAACAAACGCACGUUAUUGCAAGUAAACAAAAAGGUUUUGUGAGGCCAGGGUUAGCUUAGUUAACUGGCACUGCAAGGACGAUUUAUUUUCUAAUCACGUAUUCGAUUGUCAGCAAAAUAGUAAAGAUGAAAUCAAUACAUACUUUUAAACAGUGUACUAGUACCAUUGGUACUAUUCUACCACGGAGACUGACAUUUACAGGUGCACGAUUAACUACUACUACGUCUACAAGCACAAACCCUGCUGCUAGUGUUACUGGAUAUGCUCUUUGCAGUGUAAAUGGAUGCAGUUUUCGGUUUUUAGGAACCAGUACUAGAUCUACAACUAGAUUUGUGCAUGAACUUGAAAAAGAAGAUAGAUCUAGUCAUCGUUUGACCACACUGCACAACCAUUAUAGAACGCUUUGUUUUAUUAAUUCCACACCCAAAAGACAAAUGAGUCAAUCAUCGUGGACUGGGCCGUUUGGCAAGGAUUUAGUAUUCAGACAGCUUUUGGAGUACAAAUCCUAUACAUAUACGUAUCUUUUGGCUGAUGCUGAUACCAAUGAGGCAGUUAUCAUUGAUCCUGUUAUUGAAACAGUGGACAGGGAUGUUAAGCUUGUGCAUGACCUUGGACUUAAGCUCAUUUAUGCUGCUAAUACUCAUGUACACGCUGACCAUGUGACAGGAAGUGGCUCAAUAAAAAAACUUAUUCCCACCUGUAAGAGUGUCAUAGCUGAAGUCAGUAAAGCCAAAGCUGAUGUGAAAGUCAAUGAAGGAGAUCUCAUUAAGUUUGGCAAAUUUAAGCUCGAGGUCCGGAGCACACCAGGCCACACAGAUGGUUGCAUUACUUUUGUAUUGCAUGAAAAAGGUUUAGUGUUUACUGGUGAUGCUUUGCUUAUUCGAGGCUGUGGACGCACAGACUUUCAACAAGGCAAUCCUGGUUCACUCUAUGAUUCUAUUCACAAAAAAAUAUUGAGUUUGCCUCAGAGCUUCUAUGUCUUUCCUGCACAUGAUUACACAGGUCAAACAAUGUCAACAGUUGGAGAAGAGCUGCGCUACAAUCCAAGAUUGACAAAACCUAAAAAUGAAUUCGUAGAGAUCAUGAAGAACCUCAACCUACCUUAUCCUAAACAGAUAGAUAAGGCGCUGCCAGCAAAUAUGGUGUGUGGUGUGUUUGAUGUGCCUGAGUCAUCCUAAAAUUUAAUUCUGUUGUGAAUAUUAUUUUUUAUGCUUGUAUUUACACAUUUAUUUCUUAUUCAUGACAACACAUACCAUGCUGUUAGGACUGAAUGUCAACAAUUCUUUAAAACCUACAAUUCCUCUUUUGCAAUCUUACACUGAUAUGUAAUGUAACAAUAAAAAGAUCAUUGUAUAUUUGAACAAUGACAAAAAUGUUAAUCUGUUUUUAUCGUUGAAGGUUUUCUUUGUUAGCAAUCAUGUGUAGUAAUUAUAUCACUAUUUAAAGAUUCUCUAAAGAGUUGUAUCUAAAUAACACAAAAUAUGUGUUAUCUAAAUAACACAAAAUAUGUGUUUCAAUAAUUUGUAUUGCAAUUGUUCUGUUAGACCUAAUUUGUUGAUGCUGAUCAAUCACAGUUGUUUAUUUUGUUCUUACUUUGCUGUUCAUUGAAAACAUGAAUUAUUAAGUUUUCAUAGAUGCAUUCUCUCUUUUGUAUAUCAAACUAGUUGUUACUAAUGGUUUAUGUAAAUAUGUAACUAAAACCACUUUAUAUUAGACAAUGUUUACCAAGUUUACUUCCCUUUCUUACAAAGCUUAUAUCAACUCACUUUGUCUGUCUGCCUGGUAAAAAACUUUGAACACAUUAUUUCUCCCACACCCAUUCUUGGACCAAAUUGAAACUUACUAUUUAUUGAUUUAGACAAUAUACAAAUCAAUAAUUACAAAAAAAAAAAAGUCUAUUAAUUAUUUGUUUGAUACCAACAUGGGAAAUUAAUCCUUCAGUAUUCACAGUUAUGGUUAAAUAUGCUGUUUUUUUUUUUUAGCCUUAAAUCAUUGUACAUAUUAUUAUUUCUCCCACACCCAUAAUCAGAUCAAGUUGAAACUUUAAACAAUUAUUUAAUGUACCUUACAAAACAUGAAUCAAUUAAAAAAUUAACCAAUUAGUCAUUUAAUUAUUGUUAAUUAAUUACUUUGUUUGAUGUUGAAAUAGGGGAAAUAACUUCUACAUUCUUGAGUGAUAUAGUUUUAAGUGCAGAGUUUUCCUCUUGGAUAAGCUUUUCUUUUUUCCAAGGAUUUUUUUAAUUGCUUGUUUCAUGGCUUGUAGGAAAUAUUUUUUAACUUUUUAAAAUUUAUUUUCUACCUAUGUGUGUCAAAAAUGUUUCCUAAGUUGUUUUUAUUCGAAUUUUCUUUUACUUAAAAAAGAAAAUGUCUUCUAUUUUAUGAGAAUUGCAAUAUACAAAGCAAAUAAAUUUAAAUAGAAUCAAACACGAUAUAA